AUGUGUCCAAUAUGGCCACUUCACAUCAUCAUCCUGUACCUGUUGGCGCUGUGCCCCAUGUGGGUUGUAUGUCAGGCGGUACCAAACCUCCUGGCAACAUUCAACCCGAACAACCUCACCCUACACAUGGAUUACUCUGACUUCAUAGAUGUUGAAGUUACAGGUGAUGGUUUGCUUCCGGCCGAUGAAAUGGUAAUAAGGGUUCCGAAUAGCCACGUGGCAGAUGCAACUUGGAACUCAACGCAUACUGUUAGCGAGGAAGAAGCUUCUAGUAAUCGGUGGAGAGGACGAUUCCAAAUCACCGGAAAGUUUCUUGGUCGCACGGAUAUGCUAUUGGAGGUGAAGCGAGGAUCGUCGGAAUAUCCCGUAAACGGCACAAUUCCGGUCACCGUGCUCCGUCCUGAGCGGGUCAUAGACACGAUUUUCACUUCCAGCGUGGCCACAUUUGUGUCGCUAAUUUUCAUUAACUUCGGCUGCGCGAUGCACUGGCCCACUGUAAAGGAGGUGUUGAGGAGACCAAUCGGCCCCCUUAUCGGUAUGUGCGGACAGUUCCUGUUCAUGCCCCUGAUGACGUUCGGCCUUGGCUUCCUGGUGUUCCCCACGCUGCCGGAGAUGCAUCUGGGCAUGUUCUGCACUGGAGUGGCCCCAGGCGGAGGCGCCUCCAACAUUUGGACCUUCAUCCUGGGCGGGAACCUCAAUCUGUCCUUGGCCAUGACCUCAAUAUCGACCCUCGCCGCUUUCGGUUUCAUGCCCCUAUGGCUGUUCUCCCUCGGGCAAGUGGUGUUCCGCAACGCCAACAUCGUGGUGCCGUACUCUCGCAUCGCCACGUUCGUGGUGGGCCUGAUAGUGCCCCUGGGCAUCGGGCUAGCGAUGCAACGCUGGACCCCCCGCCUCGCCGCCUUCAUGGUGCGAAUACUGAAGGGCUUCUCUACCACCCUCCUGCUCUUCAUCAUCGUGUUCGCUAUCGUCACCAACCUAUACAUCUUCGAGCUGUUCACUUGGGAGAUAAUCGUGGCGGGGAUGGGCGUGCCGUGGCUGGGCUACCUGGCCGGCUACGUGCUGGCGCGCGUCUGCCGGCAGCCGCACGAGGACGCGCUCGCCAUCUCAAUAGAGACCGGCAUCCAGAACACCGGCAUCGCCAUAUUCCUGCUGCGAUACGCUCUGCCCCAGCCCGAAGCGGAUCUCACCACGGUUGUCCCGGUAUCUGUUGCGAUCAUGACACCCGUCCCAAUGACGGCCAUCUACAUCUACCAGAAAAUAAAGGGAUGCUUCGACAACAGAAAGCAGCACAAGAAAAUCCUUGAAGAAGGCAACGGCAACCCCAUAUCCGGGAACACCGAGCCCGGACUCAUCGCUACCAUUGAUGUCAAA